AUGAUCCGCCGACCCUCCGCUUUCCAUCUCAAUGGAAGUGUGUUUUCUAUUGCACCCAAAGAACGUCAGACCUCGAAACUGACCUUCGAAUCAACAAACACAUGGACAGGCCAGCGACCUUACAAAUGUUCCGAGUCCGGUAGUGAAGAAAGGCAAGGCUUCGCCUCGAGUGGUGACUUCCUGCGCCAUCAAAAAAGAAUUACAUGA